AUGAGCAGCUCAAAGCACGAAACGGAAAAGGGCGAGUCCAUCGCUGUCCACAUUGCGGCUCCCGCUCAACCAGCCCCCAAGCCCGUGAGAUCGUCCUUCAAAAACCUCUUCGCCUUCACCCGCCCAGCCCAUGUCUCACUCAUGGUCACCGCUCUCUGCGGCUCAGCCGUCAUUGCCGCCGGCCGUACCGCCUACGCUGUUCUUCUGGGCAAGAUCUUUGAGGUCUGCACCUCUUACGGCGCAGGAAUCAUCGCCGCAUCCGACUUGCUUCACCAGGUCUCUCACUGGUGUCUGUACAUGUUCCUCCUUGGAAUCGGUAUGUGGGUGGUUUGCAGCUUUGACGUUGCACUUUGGGUCAUGGCCGGCGAGUUGCGCGCAAAGACGACCAGAGAGACUCUAUUCUCGACCCUGCUCAACAAAAGUGCGGCUUGGUUCGAUCUUCGUGAGCAUGGCAUGUCCAGCUUGAUGACUGCCAUCCAGACACAAGCCCGCGAACUCCAAAUGGGCACCUCCCAAGUGUUCGGCUUUCUAGUCUGCGACCUCCUCGUCUUUUUCUCGUGCAUCAUCGUCGCCCUGUACUACUCCUACAAGCUGACACUGGUCAUGCUCUCCACCGCUCUGCCGUCUGCCCUCAUCCUCUGGCUCAUCGCCCGCUUUCUCGACCCUGCCAUCGCCGGCCAAAAGCGCGAACUGGCCGAGGCUGCUAAGCAUGCAACGGCUGCCACGACCGCCAUCGACCUCGUCAAGGCUUACAAUGCGGCAGACCAUGAGUCUUUCCAUUUCAUUUCGGCUGUGCGACGCUCGUCCAAAUACUACACCCGUCAGGUGCUGUCCAACAAUGGGCAGAUGAGUUACAUCAAGCUGUGGAUGAUGUCGCUCUUCGUUGUUGGUUUUUACUUUGCCGUCGUGCUCGUCAACCGGGAGGAACUGACCCCCGGAAACGCCUUGACGACCUUCUACUGCGCCCUCAUCUCCUUCCAGUCCCUUCAAAACCUCGGCCCUCAAUGGAUUAUCCUAGCCAAAGGGAUGGCAGCAGGCCAAUCUCUUCAAGAUCUCGUCCGCCAAGCUGAUCCCGGUCAGACCAAAACUUGUCAAGAGCCUGGCGGCCUUCGACCCCCUACCUGUCAAGGCGACGUCACUCUCUCCAACAUAUCCUUCGCCUACCCGUCCUCACCCUCCAAUUUGGUCCUCCAGCCUUCAUCGUUUCACUUUCCACCCGGCUCUCUGACCUUCAUCGUCGGUCGUUCCGGCUCUGGCAAGUCCACGCUCGGCAAUCUGCUCGUCCGUUUCUAUGAACCUUUGACAGGCCAAAUCACUGUCGAUGGACAACCCAUCACACGACUCGACCUAGGAUGGGUCAGACAGAACAUUACCCUGAUCCAGCAAUCCAGCGUUUUCUUCAACGAUAGUCUAUUCCAGAACGUCGCAUUUGGAGGCUAUCAGCCCGACCGCGUCACAGUGGAAGACGUCAAAGAAGCCUGCUCCAUGGCCUUGCUACAAACCACCGUUGCCGGAAUGCCUCAAGGUCUAGACACGCAAAUCGGACCUGGCGGUUAUUCGCUCUCUGGCGGACAGCGUCAGCGCCUGGCUUUGGCGAGAGCCAAGAUCCGCGAUCCGCCCGUGUUGAUCCUCGAUGAGAUUACCUCUGGUUUGGACCCCGUGUCGAGGGGACUGAUCAUGGACGCUAUCCGUAUCUGGAGGAGGGGUAAAACAACAAUCAUCAUCACGCACGAGGUGGGUUGUAUAGGAGAGGGCGAGAUGGUUUAUGUUAUGGAGGGCGGACGAGUCGUGCAACAAGGACAUGGAAAGCAGUUGAGAGAGGAGAGAGAGGGGUUGUUUGCUGGGCUUCUAGUUCGCGGCCUGAGUCUGCGUGGCCAGAGGGGAAGUAUUGUCUUUCCCAGGUUAACGUUUGGUUAUGACCCCUACUCUUCCGCGGACAACCAACAGUCACGACCACUUUCACGAUUGUUGGGCGCGGGCAGAGUACCAGUCCACCACCCCCACCCCCACGCAAACCCCGAUCGCACUCGUGAUGUCUCUCCCUUCUCAAAGCAAGACGACCGCAGACACAGCACCUCUUCCAUCGAACUCAUCACCCAAACCGGCCUCUCAGUCAAGAAAACCCGCGUGUCUAAUGCCCGGCGGGCCCAGCACCCUGAUCCGAAGGUGAUCGAAGCUCAACUAAACGGAAGCCUGGAUUCUCUUGAGCUCUUCUUCCUCGACAAGCUCGCCAACAAGAAACAAAGAGCUGGAUUCCACAAGAAGCGUAGGAAUAGCAUGGCGUCUGUCGUUUCGGCUGCUUCCCACUCUUCCAAUGCCCAGCCAAGCAACAAGCAGCGGCACUCGGUCAACAACCGCCUCCCUUCUUUAUCGGCAAUCCUCCGCACCGUCUGGCCCACUCUCGACCUGCGCUCCAAGCUCGAACUCUUUCUGGGUGUCUGUCUGGGUCUGGUAGUAGCAGCCGCCAACCCGCUUUUUUCAUACGUCUUUGCGCAACUGCUCUCCUCCUUCUGGUCGUCUCCUUCCGCCCGACUCGCCGCCGGUUCCAAAUACGCAGGGAUCCUCGCCGCCAUUGCAUGUGUCGACGCUCUCGCUACUUUUGGCAGCUAUUACUUUUUAGAAAAGGUAGCAACAAAAUGGGUCACCACCCUCCGCUCCGAAGCCAUCACCCGCAUUCUGGCGCAACCCAAAUCGUGGUUUGACAAGAGCUCCCACAGCCCAGCCAAGAUUGUAGCAUGUUUGGAUCGCAACGCCGAAGAAAUGCGCAAGCUAGUCGGCAUGUUCCUCCCCAUUCUGAUUAUCGUCUGCACAAUGAUUACCGUCGCCAACGUCUGGGCCUUGACUAUCCAAUGGGACUUGACCCUCGUCACCCUCGCCGGUAUCCCUGCCGCCGUCAUCACCGGCCGUCUUAAUGCUUUGUUCAGCGACAAAUGGGAAUCCCGCUGCGACCAAGCUGCCUUGCGGACUGGACAAGUCCUCACCGAGACCUUCGGCAACAUCAAAGUCGUCCGCGCUCUGACGCUCGAGGGGUGGUUUACGCGGAAAUACGAAGACAAGACAAGCGAAGCGUACCAGCUCGGUUUAAGGAGGGCCACCUACGUCGGUCUCUUUUUCGGUCUCAACCAAUCCAUCGCGUACUACCUGACCGCCAUGAUAUUCUACUACGGCGCCAAGAUCUUAUCCCAGGAUCGCGCCUCGGUGACUGAUUUGCUGCGCGUCAUCAACCUCAUCUUAUUCAGUUUGGGAACCUGCGUCAACAUGCUAGCCAACGUCCCGCAGAUCGCCGCAGCAAAGGCAACAGCAACACAAAUGCUCUACUUUGCCAACCUCUCCCACUCAUCAAGCCACGAAUCCCAAGGCUCUCAGCGCAUCUCCAACCCUUUGCCCAUCCGUAUGCAAAACCUGCGCUUUGCUUACCCCUCGGCGCCCGAUACUCUCGUCCUCCGCAACCUCAACUUGACUAUCAACCCCGGCACAUGCACAGCAAUCGUCGGUUCCAGCGGCUGCGGCAAAUCAACCAUUGCUUCUCUCUUACUUAACCUCUACCCGCCUUCUGUUUCUCCUUCUGCCCCCACCAAUAAUUCCUUAACCUUCAACUCCAUCCCCUCCUCCCAAACACACACCCCCUCUCUCCGCUCUUGUGUGGCUUACAUCCCACAACACCCCUUCCUUUUACCCACCACCCUCCGCGAGAAUAUUCUCUAUGGUCUCCCUGACUCUUCUCCGUUGCGGCUUCCUUCCCACUUCCACUGUCUAGUUCACGCAUGCCAAUUAGCUUCCAUCCACGACUUCAUCAUCUCCCUUCCCGCAGGGUACGACACCGUCGUCGGCGAGGGUAGCGGUCUACAAUUAAGUGGUGGACAAGCGCAGCGUGUCAGUAUCGCGCGCACACUAGUGAGGAGUCCGAAAGUGGUGGUGGCUGAUGAACCGACUGCUAGUUUGGAUGCUGAGGGUGCAGAGGCCGUGAGGGAGGUUUUUGCUCGACUUGUUCAUGACGAAAGCAAAAAAGAAGAAGAAAUGGCAAUCGUGGUAGUAACCCACUCCAAAGAAAUGAUGCGGAUUGCCGAUCGCGUGGUGAUGAUCGAGGGAGGGAUGGUGGUUGAGGAAGGCGGGUAUGACGAGUUGAGGAGAACAAAAGGGGGGAGGUUCGCGGGAUUGGUUAGUGGAGGGGCUUGGGAUGGUGGUCAUGGUGCUGCUUCUUUGUCUGCCCGUGAUCAACAGGAACAGGGGGGAAAUCGAAGUCAUCAUCGAAGGAACGUAACUCUCACAACACUCAGUUCUUCCGACUGCGGUGGAUCCCAGAGUGUAGAGGUAGGGGAGUCUUCGAGCUCUGGGCAGUACCAGUACGGGCGUCACGGGGGGAGAUAUCAAAAUGGGCAAGAUGGAGUCAGUGACGUAAGUGAUGAGGAUUUGGACCUGGAAGAUGAAGAGAAGGUUGGGCCUUGGACUGGUGAUGGUACUGAUGCUGGUGCUGGUGCGGGUGCCGGUGCGGGUGUAAGGGUCAAUGAAGAGGCGUUGCAGAGACUAGAGGGGACGUCUCCGGAUUCUACGUCUAGCACUUCGUUGUCUUCUGCGAAUCAGUCACCGGAGAGAGGCAGGAGAACAGAGAGGGGUGGGGAUGGAGGUAGAAGUACUUGGGGUUGGAGGUUUGACUAG